AUGCAAAUGGAAUUGCCCCCUGAUGGUGAGGAAUGGGGCCCAGAUGGCCCUUUAAAGGUGAUAAUUAGGAAAUACGGCAUAACGGAGCAGCCAGAGAUGCAGACAUUUGUUGAAGACAGUCUAUCUGUCUUGAGCAGAAGGAAUUCUCUUCUGCCCGUUGCUGUUCUGAAGCUUGGUUUUCAGUUGACUCAGUCUCGCAGCUAUAUACCCAGGAGAGCUGUUCUCUACGUGCCUGCUGAUGAUGAGAGAAAGAUACAAAAAGUUCCGUCUCUUAAGGUGGAUUGUGCAGUGCUGGACUGUGAAGAUGGAGUUGCUCUAAAUAGAAAGGCAGAAGCACGAACAACUACUGUAAAAACACUUGAAAGACUUGAGUUUGGCCAGAUGGAAAAGUGUGUAAGGAUCAAUUCAGUGUCCAGUGGUCUUGCUGAAGAAGACAUGAAGAUCAUUUUUGGGUCCAGCAUUCUUCCUACCAGUCUGAUGCUACCUAAAGUUGAAAAUGUAGAAGAAAUAAGAUGGUUUACAGAGAAAUUUGCAGACCACACAAAAGGCCGAACACUUGUAGAACCAAUGCAUUUCAUCCCUUUUGUGGAAACAGCGAUGGGGCUGCUCAAUUUUAAGGCGGUUUGUGAAGAAACACUGCGAGCGGGACCCCAGGUCAGCCUUCAUUUGGAUGCAGUAGUCUUCGGAGGAGAGGAUUUUCGUGCCAGCAUAGGUUCAACAAGCAGUAGAGACACCCUCGAUAUUCUUUAUGCCAGGCAGAAAAUUAUUGUCACAGCAAAAGCAUUUGGCUUGCAGGCCAUAGACCUUGUAUAUAUUGACUUUCAAGAUGAAGAGGGGCUCCGGAAGCAGUCAAGAGAGGGCGCCUUAAUGGGUUUUACUGGUAAGCAGGUGAUUCACCCUAAGCAAAUUGCUGUUGUCCAGGAAGAGUUCUCACCAAGUCCUGAAAAAAUAAAGUGGGCACAGGAACUGAUUGCUGCCUUCGAUGAACACCAGCGCAAAGGGAAGGUAAACCUUUUCAUCAUGUCAUUCGCAGAAUACAGUCGCUGUUCAAACAGAAGGGUCUUGAAUUGUAGUAUUAACAUCCUGAAAGGACUAAAUCUUGACUUUAUCAAAGUGAGUGAGAGCUUUGCCUUUGGCUUCGGCAAAGGCGUGGUUUCUCCCAGUGAGGUGAAACAGGAUGCUGUCUAA